UUUUUUCAGCGUUGCACCACUGAUGUAACUUUCAUUUCCUGAUCGGAAAGGGUCAUACACAUGAGUGUGGAGUUUAGUUAAUGUCCACCUUACGAACCUGAAUCUUGUGAAUACAGUCACUUUGCUUUAAUUAAAUGAUGUUACGGACGCUGUGCCGGACCGGCGGGCUCCUCCUGCAGCAAAGCCAGCGGACUGUGCCGAGGUUGUGGGUCACACCAGCCCAGCAGCGAUGGGCGUCCAGCCUGCCCAUGAACACCCUGAUCCUUUUCGUGCCCCAGCAGGAAGCCUGGGUGGUGGAGAGGAUGGGUCGUUUCCACCGGAUCUUAGAGCCGGGUUUAAACUUCCUCAUACCCAUACUUGACCGAAUUCGCUAUGUGCAAAGUCUCAAAGAGAUUGUCAUUGAUGUCCCAGAGCAGUCUGCAGUAUCUUUAGAUAAUGUAACACUACAGAUUGAUGGAGUGCUUUAUUUAAGGAUCCUUGACCCUUUUAAGGCCAGUUAUGGUGUCGAGGAUCCAGAAUAUGCCGUCACACAGUUGGCGCAGACCACCAUGCGCUCAGAAUUGGGAAAACUCACGCUGGACAAAGUGUUCAGGGAAAGGGAGUCCCUCAAUUCCAACAUUGUGCACUCCAUCAACCAAGCUUCAGACGAGUGGGGAAUCCGUUGCCUCCGUUAUGAAAUCAAAGAUAUACAUGUUCCACCUCGUGUCAAAGAAUCCAUGCAGAUGCAGGUGGAGGCUGAACGCAGGAAGAGGGCCACAGUGCUGGAGUCUGAAGGGGCGAGGGAGGCCGCCAUUAACGUCGCUGAGGGUCGUAAACAAGCUCAGAUUCUGGCCUCGGAGGGUGAAAAAGCAGAGCAGAUCAAUAAAGCAGCUGGUGAGGCCCAAGCAGUGUUGGCCAAGGCAGAGGCAAAAUCCAAGGCUAUCCGCGUUCUAGCAGACGCUCUGGCUCAGCAGAAUGGCAACGCAGCAGCCUCGCUAACCGUGGCUGAGCAUUACGUGUCUGCAUUCUCCAACCUUGCUAAAGAGUCCAACACCAUCCUUCUGCCCACUAACACUGGUGACAUCAGCGGAAUGGUCACACAGGCUAUGACCAUUUACAACACUUUGGCAAAGACGAGCCCAAAAGCAGCUCCAGAAGUGGUGGAGGAGAAGCGAGAAGAGCUUGUGAACGAGUCUGAGUCUCAGUCUCAAUAGCAGAGGACUCGGUGAAUGAACUCCUAAUAAAAAAAAAUUGAGACGGAAGCAGCAAUUUAUGUUUCAGUUAUCAAGGCUCCAAGGCACCUCGGUGUGAUCAGAGUUCACACAUCUUGUACUGGCAGAACUCUGGGAGCUUUGUUCUGCAACUCUGGGAUGUGAUGUUGAUGCCUUGGAGCCCUCAGAAAAUCACAACUUUUGUGAGAGGAUUUUCAAUCUCCACUGACUGCUGUUUAUGUGUUAUUGUCAGUUUGGGAAAUUAACACCAGCCUUCAGCCAAACAUCCUCUUACCAGUGUCUUUGGCAGUCUGACAAAAUGGAGACAUUGAUGGCAGGUUUUGGGGAUUAUUAGCCACUGUGACCAGUAGAUGCAGAAAUAAGCCCUGGUUGUUGUGCAGUAUGUGAUUUAUUAGCAUCAUUUUAUUCAUUAUUUGUUAGCAAAUUCUUGAGUGCGUCAGAUCUGUUGAGGCACAUAUUAUUGCUUAAACCCAUAUAGAAUUGGAUGUUUUGAAUUUGACCGCUCUACUUGAACGUAGUACGUGAAACAUAAGAUUGUGUUUGUUUUCUCCUUUUUCAAACCUGUUUUCCAGGCUCAUCCAAAAUAACUGUUUUCAAGUUCUGUGGGUACAUUACUAUUAAAGUGGUAAUCACAGUCAGCUCAGGUGAGCCAUCUGCUUUGAUUUGCCUUGUUUACAUAGAUCAGUGACAAUCCUUCAACUGUCUUCAGCUUCAGUGGGACCAGUGAUUCAUGUGAUGUCUGGCUGGAUGCCUCAGAGUGGUGGAAGGUUUCCCAAAGCUUAGUUUAAUUCAUAAUUUGGUCUGUGUUAGAUUCAAAUGUCUCCCUGAAAAACUCAAUCCACUAUAUACUUUAGAAAUAAUCCUGAGAAAUAAUGCCCUCAUCAUAACAAGGUAGUGUUCAAAGUCUGCCCUAGAAAGAGUCUUUCUCCUCUUUGUAUUUGUAUUCAUCUCUUACAUCAUAUGGGAUAUAUUUAUUAAAUUUUCAUGGUUUUCUGCAAAAUGUUUGUCAUUUCAUAUGUGUCACUGAUGCAUAGAGGAUUAUAGAAAGUAAUACAGUAACUGGCACAUAUGUGUCUUUGAAACUCUCACAAAGUAAAGGGUCUGCAGUAUAUGAUUUGAUGUAAUGGGUGUAGUGAAGCACUUCAUAUGAAACACACAAUUAUGUUCGGAGAAGAUGGUGUAGAACAUUUUUUGACAAACGAGUGGACUUUGUCAAAUUCAAAGUUUUGUCUAUCACUGAAGAAAAUCUAACAUUAUGAUUUUAAAAAGGAUGUUGACAUUCAUGCUUUUGGCCACUGUUUGGGUUCAGCAAUGUGAAAUUACCAUAAAAUAAAAAAAUAAAAAGUUAACACAG